AUGGCCGAAAAACUCUCAAUAUUGUGCUUCGGCAACUCCCUCACUGCUGGCUACUACAAUUAUGGCGAACAUUACCACCCAUACGCCGAAAAGCUCAAAGAAAUCCUCCAGCCAGUGCUUCCUACCACGGAGAUCACAACAGAUGUGGCCGGUCUUCCAGGCGAUCUAGUUUGUUCCCCGGGCUCGUUCGUCUCCCGUAUAUCAGAACAGACGAUCAAAAAGCGUUAUGACUGGGUCAUCUUCCUCGGUGGGACAAACGAUAUUGGCUAUGGCAAAUCAUCUGAGGAUAUUUAUGCUGGUCUGAAAAAGUCUUGGAUGAUGGCGCUAACCUCGGGUGCAAAGGUACUUGCUUUGACUAUCCCUGAGUGUGCGGCGAAAUUUGCAUGCAUAGAUAAGAAACGUAAUGAGGUCAACCGCUUGAUACUUGCCCACCAGGAAGAUGGAUUUUUUGCCUUCGACCUUCACGCUGCAAUUCCCUACCAUUCCGCUUCGAAGGAGUUCCAGAACAGGAUUUUCGAUGAUGGACUUCAUCUUACUCCAAGUGGAUAUGACCUAAUGGGUCAAGUAAUUGGGGAAUAUAUGGCGGGUCUUCUUCGGUUUUCUGCGCCCUCCGCGUCAUCUUGUACUGCUGAGUAA